AUGGAUAGAAAAUCUGCUAGAAUAAAAGCAGAGUUGCAAAGAUAUGGUUGGAAAGUUUCAAAGAAGUUUAAAUAUAGGAAGGGAAGACCCAUAAAAGUCUAUGACAAACUGGCUGGUCUGACCUAUGAAAUGGACUUGGAAACAGCACGCGCAAAUUAUCCAAACAGGUUAGAGAGGUUAGAAGAAGAACGUCUUAUGGACAUGCCUUUCGAUGUUUCUGAGCCUCAAGUUGAAGGACACGACGGCUUUGCCAGAUUCUACUGGAAACAUGACGAACAAUUGCAUCCUUUGAGAAGGAAAAAAGGGAAGGGUGAAGACAAACAUGCUCCCAUGGAAAGAACAAGAUAUGCAUAUGAGAAGUAUCGUGAAGUUAGAAGUCAAAUUACAUCUGGUCGAACCUUUACAGUAAACUUUGACGAAGGAAAGAACAAAGAAGGCUUCAUGGGUGUACUUGCUGCAAUUCAAGACGGAAAUAA